CGAGAAAUCGUAAUUCUUACAAUUUUUGCCCAAUUAAAAGCGUCAAUCAAAUCCUUGUGAAACGCGCAGCGAAAUGCUCGUCCGCGCGUGUCGCAUUUUUCCGACUAAUUAUGCGCGCGAUCGGGGAGAAUUAUUGGAAGUACCAGUGAUUGUGUACCUUAAUUAUGCGGAUUUUAAUGCGGGCUCAAAAUCACCGGUGGUCUUCGGGUCGAUAAUAAAUAUAAAAUUAGCGCAGAUGUCAUUUUCCCGCGCGACUGAUCAUAAAAUAAUGAUACGACGGUCGUAUAACGCGUGUAUAAUAACGAAUAAUAAAUAUAAUAUAUAAACACGACGAGUGUGCGUUGCGGGGCAAUUUUAACGUCAAUCGGAUAUCACGGCGAAAUUUCCGCGACCCGCGGAGGCUCGGGAUCGAAGUGAAAGCUUGAACAACAUAGCGAAAUGUCGCGCAAUCGCGAUAAAUUGCCUAAAAGCGUUUCGAACUCUCGAUCCGGAUGACAUAACGCAGUAAAAGCGACGUUCAUAUUGCCGGUUGCUGCUUAUAUUUCCAAUUCGCAAGAAUUUAACCGAUAAACCGAGCGACAUUAACACGGCAAGAGGGGAAACCCCGCGAGCUCGGGCGGCACCCUUUGAUGUGGAUUUUUUCCCAAGUUUCCCCCAGCGUCUCGUUCGCGGCGGAAAGAAAAGUCGAACUAAUAAAAUCGCGCUUAUCCCGUCCACGUUUUACGCGGUCGUGCGAACUGGCUGUAAAAACGGUCGACCGGAUCCGCGCGACGAGAGAGAAACGGAGACUCGUUACGAAUCAAACGUAAUACGCGAUCGAAUAUUCCGCCUGUACGGGGUGUCGUACCGUUGUCGAUAAACCGUAACCCUGACCGACUUGCGGCGCGAUCGACUCUGCACGCCGCGACAAAAGAGAAACUUUAAUUGAUGAAAUUAUACCGGUGGAACGCGCGCGGGUCAACUUGUCGCGGGGCCGUUUGUGUAAAGCAACGCGAGUCGCGCCGACUUGGUGCCGGUAAUUAUUGAGGUCAAAUAACCGCGAAAAUGAUACGAAAAUUAUCGACGAUAAGGGAAGAUAUCUUUCCACGAUGAUCAUUUAAUUUAAAAAGUUUGCGUCAAGAUGUUCACUUUCUUCCCGGGGCGGCGAGAAUUUUCAAUUUUCACGACAAUCUAGAUUGAAAGUAAUGUACAAUGUACAAAAACUAUAUUGCGCGCUACGCGCUCGCGGUCUAGCGAGAUGGCUUUUUAAAUUGAACCUUUUUAUCGCGCACGUAUAAAUCGUACGGAUUUGCGGAUGGUUAUCGAAUUAAUGAAUUCAAUAUCGCGCCAGUGUUCGCGUCGGUGUAUGUGUCCAAAUUGCAGUCUGUCCCAGCGACUCAUCUCCAAUUGAUUCCACCGAAAUGGUGCUCGUCAAAAUUUUGCUGCGUGGGCUUGCACACGAGUAUCCAUAAGAAAGAGUCAAAUGUCACGCUCGAUCAAUUAAAAUGAUAUUUUGCGCACGUUCGCGCCAACUCGCGGGUUGAAUCGCUCGCGCCAUUAUCGAUCAUUCAAUUUUUCAACUGCGUUUUGAUCGCUCUACGGUAUCCGUCUAAUCGUACAGGCUUGGCGCACUAGCGGAACAAAUCGUUAUGUAACACAUAACGUGUAAUUUCAUGAUACAUGCGACAAUCGCGUGAUAACGUAUUAUCUACACUGACUCGUGGAAAAUAUCUAUUCCCAUACUUAUUCUUCUAGAGAGCGCAAGUUGUAGACGCAAACAAACGCUUGAACGGGUGAAACAGAUAUCUGAAUACACUUGUCAAUCUGUUCUAGCAAUUUUGAUACAAUUUAUCGAUUACAAUUGCUAAAUUAGAAACGAAGGAUAAGUCGGGUCUUAAAAAUACAAUAGGGAAAUAUGAGAGACAGUAAUAUCAAUAAAAUAACACUGAUGGCUUCGUUAAAUACACGGAAAGCAAAAAGGCGUGAGUGGACGCGAUAUUAACGAUACAGUUGAUACCGUUGGCACUGCAGCGAUAACAUGUUAUCGGAGUGAUACCGUUUAACGACACAGUUCGUUGUGCGCGUGUGGGUGUGCGCGUGUGUGGAAAUUACAACGAAGACGUGUUGUGCGCGAUUCUGAGAGAACGGCAAGUUAUGCGACUCGGUCAUCGAGUGAGAAUAAACGGAUCGUCAUUCACAUCGCGGGACGCGUGUGAUGUCAUCGAGUGCUAUAUACCCGACGUUAUCAGGAAAGAUGACACUGAAGAAGGAAUCAAAAAGGUCCUCGAAGAAGGGCAAAUCGACCCACAAAGCGACGAGUUACUAUGGCGAGGGUGCGAAUGUGGCGCAGCCGGGGCCCACGAAGGAAUGCAAGCAAGCGAAACCGGAAGCAGAGUCCUCCGACGUCAAGAGAUCGUCGUUGAAGGAAAUCUCGUCGAAGAAUGCGGACAAUUCGAACGAGAAGCUCGAGCGACGUCCUUCGUUCCGUCGGAAAUUCGGCGCUCUGUUGAGAGGAAGCGCCGAGUUACCGGCGGCGAUAAACCGUAGCCUGCAGCCGAUCAGGCGUAGCCUGAGCUUCAGCAAGGACCUCCAUCGCAGCCACGAGCCCUCGAGGCAGCCCUACAGGACCAGCAGCGUGCAGUGGUACAACAGUCUCAGCUCGCUGGCGGAGGAUGAGGUUGACGCCGAUUGUAAGAGGGCGGGCGCCUCCAAGGAGGAGGACUUGGACGGCAGGAUGGCCCAAGUCACCAGGACGCGCAGUCUGAUGGAGAAGUAUCCUGCGACGAAUCUCAGACGGAGGGUGAACACCCUGUCACAUCCGACGGCACCACCUUACGGACGGCACAGCGAUUAUUAUCACUCAAAUAUAGAUCUAAGCAGUCCGCCUUGUGAAGCGAGCAGUCUUCCGGCUUUGAGUCGCGCCGCCAUCGACACGAUCGACAACGAGACGAAAUUAUCAACAAGAGAGCAACAGGUCAAGAACGGACGGGGAAACUUCAGAUCGAGCGUCCGAAAGUUAUCUCCGCUAGGAAAUUUUAUCAGGCAGCAUUUGGUGCGUUCGAGGUCGCUGACGCAGCUGGACUCCCUGAGCGGCAGCAUGUUGGACACGGGGGAGCAUCAUCUGGAGGGCGACCCCGCGCAGCAGCAGCCCCAUCAGCUGCAUCACCAUCAGCCGCCCCAUCAGCUGCAACACCACCCUCUCGGCAUCGAGUGCAACCGGAUUCGAUUUCUCGCACCGAGCGCCACACCCGCCGAGAUCGCCAACUCCAAUCGCAGGCACAAGCUCUCGCGAUCUCAGGUAUCCAGUAACGAAUACUUCAGCGUCAGCUUCGAGGUGGGCGACGACGCCGCGACUUGCUUCGACCGGGAGGAGUUUCUGCCGGCGACGCGGGGAACUUACCUGGUGGAUGUGCUGAGUCCAGCCUGCGAGCGCCGUGGCGUCGAUUUAUCGCGCGUUGAAGUCCUGGACAGUUCCUCGACGCCGUUAUCCCUGCUGACGACGGACGCCGCUACCCUCGGUGGAAAACAUCUGCGAGUAAUCGUUAAGGACGAAAGAUUGAAUUCUCGAACGCCCAGCCAAAGAGGAAAUCAAAACGUGCUGUUACGGAAAGCCAGUGGGAAUUAUCGGAGUCGAAGCGGUCGUUUCUUCAGCGUUUCCACCGAAGACACGAACGCGGACUCUGAAAUUGGCGCUGGCACAACGCUCUCUUCCGGCCGGAGUUCCGCAGGAGCCACAGGACUCAAAGCCAGUAAACAGCGGUGGAGCGGGUUCUUCACUAAUACCAAGGGUAUCAAGAUGGAUCUAUUGACCGCCCAACUGGACGAGUACAACAAGCAUGGCGUGCCGAAAUUAACGAACGUUCAUUUACAGUGCGAUGUAACGAUCAACGAAGAAGCUCUCUACAAUUUAGAGAACGACUGGCGCGAUAUCGUCGAGAAUUCACAGAUGCUCUCGGAGAAGCAAUCGCAGCAGCAAACCGCACUCUGGGAACUGGCUGAGACCGAAAUGGCCUACAUCAAGACAUUAAAGGUUGUGACCGAUCUCUUCAUGGCAUGUCUCUGCAGCCUGCAGGCCUCGAACAUCCUGAUCGAGGUCGACAGGCUGAGGCUCUUCAGCAAUAUACCCGAUAUCUACGCCGCCAAUCGCUACUUCUGGGCCGAGUAUCUGCUCACGAUGGUGAACGCGUCGAGAGCGAGCGGGCAGCCGCUCGAUCCCGGCCACCUUCUGCUGGGCUUCGAAACUUUCGAGCAGACGUUCGCGCCUUAUACGAGAUACUGCGCCGAGCAGAGCAAAUGUCAGCAGUAUUGCAAGGAUCGGCUGAACGAUAAUCAGCUUUUCACGGCGUACUUGGUGUGGUGCGAGACGCAAAAGGACUGCAACCGAUUGAAACUUAUGGACAUACUAGUGAUGCCGAUGCAGAGGCUUACCAGGUAUUCUCUCCUGCUCAAAGCCGUCUACAAGAACACGGAGAACGAGGAUCAACGCGCGGAAUUGAUACACAUGAUCAAGUCCGUGGACGGUUUCGUGGCGUCCGUGAACGCGGCGCUGAGGAGGAACGAGGAGGCUGCUCAACUGGUCCACGCGGCCUCGCGUCUCGAGUGCUACGACGUCGUGGAAACCAAAGGGCUCGACGAGGAAGUGGAGAAGCUGAUAAGGUUGUACAGCAAUCUUGAUAUUACUACAGCGCCGAUGCCCGGCUGCCCCAAGGAUAGUCCGAGGACCCUUCUUCGAGAGGGAGACUUGAAGUUAAGAGACGCCGCCACCAGCAAGAUGGAGGUGCACGUACUACUGUUGACCGACAUGCUGCUGAUCUGCAAACCGUCGACGAAGAAAAUGUUAAAGAUCAUUAGGCAGCCGUACGUCGUCGAUCGCAUACGGAUACACGAGGUCAAGGAGCCGUCCAGUCUGGGAUUGGUUUAUCUUAACGAGUACGGAACAGUCUCGGCCGCUUUAAUCCUUAGCGCCGGUGACCCGAAACUAGCCAAGUCGUGGAUGGAAUCCUUGAAACAGGCCCAGCAGCAAUACUUAUCGAUGAAGGUCCCGUCGCUCGGGGAACCCGUGAUGAAUCUGGCGUCGGUCAGCAGGCAACCGAGCACGUUGGGCGACGGCGAGUUCGAGGUGGAGGAAUACGAUAACGCCUUCCCAAGAACUCCGCGCGGCAGUAGCAGAGCCUCGCACGUCAGCAGUCUCGCUCACAGCCACAGCGGUAGCAUGGAGAUGGAAGGUGCGUCUCCAGGCAGCAGCAGCUUCCUCCCGAGCUACAACCCCAGUAGAAAUGUCAGCGUGGAAACGAACGAGCAACCGCGAGCGUCGAGCUCGCUGUCGUCAGAGGAGGGCGGCGAGUCCAGCUCCGGGCACAAUCAUCGAUCUAUGCACGUGAGGCGCUCGCUAAUGAGUAAAUCGCCGACGCCGAACACGCUGAGCGUCCAAGUGCCGUACUCGACUCUGGGUCAGUCGCUGCCUAAUCUGACGCUGGCCACUUCGCCGCAGACCUCCACCGUGUCGCCGACGCCGCCGAACUCGUUGCUGAUCGUGCCGCAGAUGACCAAGAGCAAGGACACUCUGCUCUCGCCUGGACACCGAGGUAGUAUAUCCUACCCACCGCCGUCGCCGCCGCGAGGUGCUCUCAGACGGGGGUUCGCGUUACCCCAAUCUCGGAAUCCACCUUUGAUGAAGACGAGACACGUGAACGCGUCUCUGACGCAGCAACCGGCACAGAUGACCGUGGCCAAUUCGGACACCGAGGUGAUCGAGGAGAGACGGAGACGGCUGGAUCCCCCGCAGAGAGUACCGUCGACGAGCAGUAUCGUCGAGGAAAAGAAAUGACCUGCGAAUUGACCUGAAAGAAGAACUUCCCGAACGUUUGGUAUGGACCACACCGUCGACAUGGAUGUACGUGAUAUGUAAAGGCUCGACGUGAUAUAUAACGCUCGACGUGAAAUGUAAUGCUCGACGUGGAUGUACGUGAUAUGUAAUGCUCAACGAGAUGUGCAUUCUUCUCUCUAUGUGUGAGUGCAGCACCCGCUUUCACACAGAAAAUUCGAGGAGCAUUGAUCUUCGAGGAUUGAUUGUCUCGCACUCUUUGGAAUCCUACAAAGCGAGUCAAACAAUACAUUACAAUCGAUUGGGGCCAUUCGAAAUCAACGUGUGAAGUUUGUACCACGACCGUAUCGCUACUUUUAUCUCGUUAUUUCCUUGUAACUCGUAGAUGUCUCUUUGUAAUAAUUGAACCGAGUCCGAGCUGUCUACGAUUAAUAUCGCAACGUGGCACUGGACAGCCGCGUGCAAUAUUAAGCGCAGAUUUCGACUUGGACUUUUAAGCGACGAACAGAAAGGCCUACUUAGAGUAAUUACAUUAAGGUUUACAUAGUGAAUGUAGGGCCGCAGCUAGCGUAUGAGACGCCUUUGUAAAAGAAUUCAUUUAGACGCCUUACGAUAGAACACACAGAUGUUUGAAGAUUCGAAGAAUUGAAAAUUGAUUUCGAGCUCGGAAACCAGGAGUGUGCAAGAGUACAAGUUGGCGUCUUUCCUCCCCUUCUCUCAAUGUCGGGCACAAUGCCUACCCAACGACCAAAAAAAAAGGAAUAGAUCUUGAGUACAAUUGCCUUGUCCAAACAUAGUGCGUUAAUGAGGAAUAAAAGCGUAGGAAGACACCGAAAUGUUUCAAAUUGCUGGAUUUUAAGUCGCUGCGUUCAUCCUAAAGAAAAGCUUCUGUUUGACGUUCGGUGCGAUCGACAUCGCGCAAUUCAGACAUCGAAAUGGAAAUAGCUAAUUCGUCGAUCUGUUGGCGAAAAACUCAUUUCACUUUUCAGUCAUUUCAGUUAUUUCCAUAAGAAAGAAUUCGAUAACUGUGUUAACGUCAACGUAUGCAGUGAAGAUUGUAAGAAAUGAAAAAUGGGCCGUUGCGCUCUUUCUUUCUUGCGCCGCGCACAGCUCUCUGAAAUUAGUGAAUAGCAAAAUAACGAUUCAUUUAAUGUCACGUAGCAUUUUAGAUGUUGUAAUUAUAGCAGAUUUUUUAAUCGAGGACCGGAACGAAAUGUAUUGUUUAAUUUUCUUCGACAUAUUUUCAAUUGUUUUAGGGCUUUUCUCUUCUCUAACGUUCCCCACUCUUCCGGUUUGGACGGCGUCCUUGUGCGGUGCAUAAUUGGCACAUUGGCUUGCGUGGCGGCCUUGAUGAAUGUUAGAACUUAAUGAUUUAAUAGGUGGGAAGUAAUAAACCUCUAGAGAUUUUACCCAAAAGAAAGAUUAUAGACGUAGCGGAUGACUGAACGGAAUUUAUUGCUACGGGGUGUAAAAUAAAUGUAAGAAAGCUAAAACACAAUAUGGAGUGUCUUGCGAAGAGAUUGCAUAUCGAAAAAAAAACCGCCAUUUUAGAACAAGAACAAUUUACAACAACCAAUUGCGUUUCAAUAUCGAAAUAGAAAUAACAGUUGACUUCGUCCUUUCUAUUAAGACCGGUGUAUCUCCCUUUACUUGAACUCGUUUUACCUUCCGUUCAGCUAUCUCGUUACUUCUGAGAGAAAAGAAUAAUUGUGUCGAAGUAUUGUGUGUCGUCAACGUGUGUGGUCGGAGAUCGUGAAGAGAAACGAGCCAUAGAUGUUAAUCUACGUUUCCUGGCGGAACGCUGUUUCUUUGGCGAACAGAUAGACAAAGAGCGAAAAGAGAGGAACGCAAGAGAGGGAUGUUUACUUCCAAGUACAGACUCGAUUUGACGGCAUCUCGCUCCAGGAUGAGGAAAUUGGAUCCGAUUCUUUCGCUUCGAUCGCUCUUCGAACGAAAUGUCGUCAAAUCGAAUGUGUGCAUGGUCAGAGUAAAUAAGUACUACCUGCCUAGUGAUAAUAUUAGGUACAAUAAAAAUGCCACCUACCUAGAGAUAAUAUUACAUAGAAGAGAAAGAUAGAGAAAAAGGAAGAGAUACAGAGAGAGAGAGAGAGAGAGAGAGAGAGAGAGAGAGAGAGAGAGAGAGAGAGAGAGAAAGCGAUGUGAUUUUAUAUACGAGCUCCUGCUGUUCGGUUCCUCUCGUUCCCUCGAUUCGUAUUGUUUGCUCUUGUAAACUUGAAAGAUUAAUUACUUCCACGAGAAUACGAAUCGCAUGUAUGUACAAUUAUAUUCGAGAUUAAAAUAUAAUGCAUAAUUUAUUAACUAA